AUGGCUGCUGCUCUUCGGGCCAGUUCCGCCUUUGCGCGACGCUCUCUCGCCGCCUCAUCGACCCCUCUCCCCGCCGCCCCUCUCGGCUCUUUUAUUGUUUCCUCUUCUUCCUCUUCCUCUUCUUCUUACCACUCUUCCUCUUCUAACACUACUUCCUCUCCUUCCUCUAUCCGUGCCUACAGUUCUCGUGCUUCUGUGCUUUCUCGUUCCCUUGGAAGUUCCCCUCUGUCUACUACCUCCCGCUGGUCUGGAGUGCUCCCUACAAACCUCAACCAAGUCCGCACCAUGGCUUUCGACGGAAAGAAGAUCAAGGUCCAAAACCCAGUUGUUGAACUGGACGGUGAUGAGAUGACCCGUAUCAUCUGGAAGGAGAUCAGAGAGAAGUUGAUCCUGCCUUACCUCGACAUUGACCUCAAGUACUACGACUUGGGUCUCGAAUACCGUGACGAGACCAACGACCAGGUCACUAUCGACUCGGCUGAGGCCAUCAAGAAGUAUGGCGUUGGUGUCAAGUGUGCCACCAUCACUCCCGAUGAGGCCCGUGUCGAGGAGUUCAAGCUGAAGAAGAUGUGGCUUUCGCCCAACGGAACCAUCCGUAACAUUCUCGGCGGUACCGUCUUCCGUGAGCCCAUCAUCAUCCCCACCAUCCCCCGCCUCGUCCCUGGCUGGACCAAGCCCAUCAUCAUCGGCCGUCACGCCUUCGGUGACCAGUACCGUGCCACCGACCGGGUCAUCCCUGGCCCCGGUAAGCUCGAGCUGGUUUACACCCCCGAGGGUGGUCAGCCCGAGACCGUCAAGGUCUUCGACUAUCCUGGCGGUGGUGUUGCCCAGACCCAGUACAACACCGAUGAGUCCAUCCGCGGCUUCGCCCACUCCAGCUUCCAGGUCGCCCUCCUCAAGGGUCUGCCCCUCUACAUGAGCACCAAGAACACCAUCCUCAAGAAGUACGAUGGCCGCUUCAAGGAUAUCUUCCAGGAGAUCUUCGAGAAGGACUACAAGAAGGAGUUUGACGCCAAGGGUAUCUGGUACGAGCACCGUCUCAUCGACGACAUGGUCGCCCAGAUGAUCAAGUCUGAGGGUGGCUUCGUGAUGGCCCUUAAGAACUACGACGGUGACGUCCAGUCCGACAUUGUCGCUCAGGGCUUCGGCUCUCUCGGUCUGAUGACCUCCACCCUCAUCACCCCCACCGGUGAGGCGUUCGAGUCCGAGGCCGCCCACGGUACCGUCACUCGUCACUACCGUGAGCACCAGAAGGGCAAUGAGACCUCGACUAACCCCAUUGCCUCGAUCUUCGCCUGGACCCGCGGUCUUGUGCAGCGUGGCAAGCUCGACAACAACCCGGAGCUCGUUACCUUCGCCGAGGAGCUCGAGCGUGCCUGUGUCGACGUUGUCAACGACGAGGGUAUCAUGACCAAGGACUUGGCCCUCUCCUGCGGCCGGAAGAACCGUGAGGCGUGGGUUACCACCAAGGAGUACAUGGCUGCUGUCGAGCGCCGUCUCCAGUCCAACCUCAAGUCCCGUCUGUAA